GACCACCAGAUCUCCACCCCACUUUUUGGCAUGCGGGAGGGAAAAUCGAGGUCCACGGAAGCUACUCACUAGAUACAUCAUCGACUUUGUCCCCAUCCGUAUUCUGCAAUUGCGCUCCCACCAUUUCCAUAUCAUCAUGACAUCACCAUCGUCACUUACCCUUCGUGACGUACUCUUCGCUCAUCCCCCAUAAGCACCACCGCUACCGUUCAUAUAAGAAACAUACCCAUUCCCACCAGUGACUGCCCGUCAAACCAAUCUUCUUUAAAGAUAACUAAAUGCCCAAAUCCACCGGUCCCCUCCAAGAACAACUCGGCCUCGGCACCUCCAACCAAUCCACACCCAACAUGUCCGGAAACAUGACCGACAACACCACAGCCGCAGCAGACAAGCUCGGCGCAAACAAGGGCACGAAUGCCAUCCCACAGGAGAACCCUAGCGUGCUUAGCAGUGCGGGGGCGAUUGGAAAGAACUUCAACCCAGAUGGCGCAAUCGGCCAGAUCGGCGAGAAGGUCGGUGGCCCGUUCAGCAAGGACGGCGUGAUUGGAAGUCAAUUCGACGCGAGCAAGAACGGGAUUGCUGGACAUGUUGAGAGGGCUGUUGAUGGACCUAGUAAUCCUGCUGGGAGCUCGAAGUAAAUGUAAUCAUGAUAUAAAAGGAGGAAUAUUGUGUUAUAGCCAAGAGGCAUGGGAUGAAAUGAAAUCGUCAUGAUCAUCAUAUCACCACUUCUUUCCUAUCGGUGCAGGCAUUCACGGAUAGUGGGAGUGAAUCGUUGCAGGUUAGCUCCAACCAUUCAUGAAUAGCUGGACCGGCAUGAAAGAAGGUGCAAAGGUGUUUAGACCUCGUUCAUGUAGACAAUCCAGUCAAAUACCAAAGCUCGAAUAGCUCCAAAGCCCACAACACCAGGCCUCACUUUCUAGAUACACGUGACAUUCUCAGCCGCACACAUCUAUUCCCCAAGCC